GAUAUCUCUUAUCAGUCGCCGUUUCACGCCCGACCACCUCGCACCGACUGAAAACAUGCGAGUUUUCAUAUUCCUCCUUUUUUUAAUCGACUACCGGCUGUGCCAAGACCCUGAACCGUUCCAAGCCAUAAAGCUGUGUGAUGUGUGCGUUUGUAGCGAGAUCAACGAUUUCGAUGGGACGCAUUUGGUGUUCAAUAUACUGUGCUCCGAGUGGGACAGGAUCAAGAAUGUGACGGAUCUGGACAAGAUAGAGUGGCCGCAGAACACGAAUGGACUGAAGAUAUCCGCGACGUUCGAAGGACUGCAGCUCAACACUUUGGGCAAGCUACCACCAAAUUCUCAGGUAGAAUCUCUGCAGUUUCCCAACAACGCCAUCGAGAUAUACUGGCCAGAACCAUUCAGCCACGUCCCUAACCUGAAGAAACUAUCCCUCGCUAGUAACAAAAUCAGGUCCAUAACCUUCGACUUGUUGAAAGGCAUUGAGCAGUUGGAAGACUUGGACCUUUCAGACAACAAGAUAUCAGAAAUCAAUCAGCUAUGUUUCAAGAACCUGAACAAUCUAAAGAGGGUAAACUUACAAAACAACCAGCUGACAAUGAUGCCGAUAGAAGCGAUAUUGCAACUGCCGGCCUUAGAGGAGCUGGAUCUGGGAAAGAACAAUAUAUUCGACUUGAUGCUGCAGAAGACCAGUGGCAAUGGCUUGACUGGAUUGAAGAGGCUAUCGUUGAAAGGCAACAAGAUCCGGUCGGUGAUGACGCACUCAUUUCCUGAUAACAACAACUUGGAAUUCUUGGAUCUGUCCAACAAUAAAAUUGAAUUGGUAGAAGACAAAUCAUUUCUAUCAUUCACGAAUUUGAAGGAGUUGAAUUUGGGAAGCAACAACAUAACUCUAGUUUUUGAUCUGCCGCCGAGUUUAGAAAUUUGCAUCUUGAAGAUAAAUUCGAUGAGGCAUUGGCCAACUUUCCCCAGUGGUAUAAAGUACAUAGAUUUAUCCUACAACAGAUUAGAAACUUUAUACGAUGCUGAUACAAGCUUCUCCUACUUAGAGAUUUUAUAUCUUGGUGGAAAUCAGAUCAAGGAGUUCGACAUCGCGAAUCCCUUGCCACAACUGUUCAUUUUGGAUUUGUCAUUCAAUUUACUUCAGGAAAUUCCUAAAACUCUGAGUGAACUAAAUUUCCCGAAUUUGGAAGAUCUCAGGUUGGAUGGGAAUAUAAUAGAUAAGAUUUAUUUUCCAAACGUUAUAGUUUUGAAGAAAUUGUUUCUAAAUGAUCUUCCAAAACUGGAAAAUGUUGAAGAAAAGGCAUUUACAAAUGUCGUCGGGCGAGGGGUGGACGAGAAAGACGAUGUAUCGAAGUGUUUUUAUCUAUAUUUGUCGAACUGCAGAUCACUAAGCUCGAUACAUGAGAACGCUUUUGAAGGAACUGAUGUUUGUAUGCUGGACGUCAGCUACAACAACUUGACUCGGCUGCCUCGCGAUCUUCUGCAGUGGGGAUCAGUAAGCGAGGGUGUGAACCUGCAGCACAACCCUUGGCAUUGCGGUUGCGAACUGCAGUGGAUGCUGGACCAGCUGCUUCCGCUGUUGUAUAAGGCUAACGCGUACCUGCUCGAUAAUGUGAGAUGUGGCUCUCCGCGUGCAGUGGAACAGUUACGACUGGUGCAUUGGUACAACUGGACCGACCAGACCUUGUGUGGGGACUACCUCAGAGCUGGACCACAUAUGGCAUCAUCAACAACAAAUCCGUUCCUUGACAUGAGCACAAUGACAAUAAUACUUAGUGCUGCUAUACUAAUCCUUUCACUGAUCGCAAUGGGGCUGAUCAUCUACCUUGUAGUGACGAGAAGGAAAUACACGAUCCGAAGGAAGGCUAUGAAGCGGAGGAAACAAAAUGCGGCUGACAUGAACUCGAAUGGCCACACUGAACAAAUCAAGGCGCUAAAUAAGGCUUAAAGUGAUCCCAAGUAGUUACACUGAGUCUAUACUCACUGUCGUCAGGGCGCAUAACUUUAUUUUUGCCUGCAACUACACUUCUAUAUUCUAUGGUAUGGUAAACCAGUAGGCCCUGGUUGCGCGCCGCGAUAAGCGGUUAUCACGCAAUUUUAUCGAUUCUGUCCAUAAUUUUGGCGUCGAUAAAGUAUAUCACGACGCGCAUCCUAGCCCGGUUGGUGUAACAAACGUUUUUUCCCAAAAUAAUGAAACAUCGCAGUCCGUCCGACAGUAUUACUAUCUUAGGUUAGUAUUCAAUCAAAGGAUUGUAAAUUAUGGAUUGAAACUCUUAAUUGCAAGGUAAUCACCAGUCACUAAUUCAAACUCAAAAUAUUGAAACUAUGCAUGAGUUCAGCUUCGUAGCGAGUUUCUUAUAAUUUAAAAAUAUUAUUUAGCAUGUUAAAAUAUUUAUCGAGGCAUAUAAUGCCAUCGUGUUGUAAAUAAUAAAAUGUUGUAAGAAGGGUGUAAUUUGUAAUAAAUUUAGUUAGUAAAAUGUGUGAUAUCAUUUUGUAAAAUGGUUUUAUAAUAUUGUGAUAAUAAUAUUCAUCAGAUUGUUAUUAUUUGUUCUACGUGUAUAACUUUUAUAUUCAAUCUGCUUUAUAAUCUUUCCAAUGUUUCUAUAAUUUAUUUUGCUUCUUUUAUGUUGAAAAGCCCGCCGUGUAGAAUUACUUUUAAUUUUAGAAUAGUAAAAAUUCAGUUACGUAAAGUUUUUUUUAAAUUAAACAAUUUAAGAUUGUGA